CACACACACACAAGCACAUGCACACGCACACGCACACGCACACGCACAGAAGCGACACAGCUGUAUCACCGAGAUACUGCCGUUCAUUCGCCGUGGGCUAUGCAGCCCUUAACCGAACCGCCAGCCUCUCGAGUCCUCGUCGCUCCUUCAGAAACAAAAGAGAGUCUCACCGUGUGGAGCGCGUCUCUCUCUCUCCACCUCGCCGUCUCCGAAUAGCAGCAGAGCAGCGUUUCAUUAAGAAACCGGGCGUCUCCGUUCUUGAAUCUGUCAUGCAUAUUACAAUAUAGUACAUUAUUAUUAGUAGAAGUCGUAGCAGUAUUGGGACUGAAGGAUUUUUUUCCUGAAUGGAUGCAUCGAAUCGAGUGGAGAUUGCUCCUCUCUACUCUGCGAGACCCCGCUCUUUGAUCUGGAGCUCAGUGUAUGUGUUUUAUUGCAGUGCAAUGAUUCAGGGAAGUGAAGAUGCCUGACCUCGCGCUGACCUCUCUGUAGAAGCCAGGAUGUCCGUCGCUGAGUCUAUGCCCCUCCCCCGGCCACGCCCCCGUGAGAGACGGUCCCGCCCCCCUGUCAAACCAAAACCCGCCAUCCCAUGCAAACCGAGCCUCUCCAGCUCCCCUGAGAACGGACUGAGAGAGCCCGCCCUGCCCCUCCUCCCGAACGAGACACGGCGCCCCCUAGCAGUCAGCCGCUCCGGCGCGGAGAGAGCGGAGGAGAGAGAGAGCGCCGGGAAGGUGCAGAGGAUUCUGAAUCACUUCAGACAGCAGGAGAAGGAGAACGUCGUGAAGGAUGCUGGGAAAUGCCCCUCUCCGGUUUCCGCCAAGCCCCCCAAACCGCUCAGGGGGGGCUGUGCCCCCCCCUCGGAGCCCCCCGCCCCGCAGCCGGCGCUGGAAAAGCCCCCGCUCCCUCCCAAAGAGAAGAGGAAAGAGCAGGGGGAGCACGAGGCAGGGAGGGGGGGCGACAAACCAGACCCGGAUGGGAAGGAGGCAGAGUCCCAACUUCAGUCAAACGGCAGCAGCGUGGAGGCAGGCAGAUCUCUGCCUCCCCCCGGUGGCUGCCAGAGGGACUGCUCUUGUCUGUGUCACCAGAAGCGGGCCGGAAUGAUUCUCGUGUGGGUGCCAGCGGGAGAGUCUCAGGGAGAGGAGGAAGAGAGGGACACAGACUCCUUCUCAGAGGAGGAGACCCAAAUGGUCCAGGACAGCCCAGCUGGGGGUCAGUCCGGCUCCAACUCCCAGAGUUCUCAGGAAAUACCUGAAAGCUCUGUGACGUAUUCUGAAAUGACCUUCGAAGUGCCCAGCCUGGACAGGGAGAAAACAGAGACCCCUGACUCACCCGCAGAGGAGGAUCCCGUCUACGAAUCGACCAUCGAAACCUGUAGGCCUGAGGUCGCCAAGGAAACGUCAGCCAGGGUUCCGAAGCCUCCCAGGAAGUUCAAGCAGCCCCCCCAGGCUUCCUCGUCAACGGAGAGAGAGGUGGAGGAGGAGGAGGAGGAGGAGGAAGAGCCGCCCCCCGCACUCCCCCCCAGACUGCCCCGCAAGCCCCCCCGGCCAGCCUCGGUGCCACACGGUGGCCAGGGAGCGGUAUUGCAGGCGGAGAGCAGGCAAUCUCUCAAUCUCACCCCCGGCAGCCCCGCUGUGGUCAGACGGUCUUGCUCCCCUUGUCCAGAGGAAGGGGUUCCGUCUUCACUGUCCCGGGACCCCUCGAAAGAUGAGGGAGAUGAGAUCGGAAGUGACUGGGAUGAACUUGAUGAUAUAAAAGACAUCAGUGAGCCGAUUCUAACUCGACGGGUGUCGAUAGACUGGGAGGCCAAACUUCAGGAUGAGCCGCUGUACCAGACCUACCGGGAGACGGUCAUCUCCAAGGAGAUCAAGCGACAGUCUGUGUCCCGUAACCUCAGCAAGACCAGCUGGGACUACAGCAGCGAGCCCUCGAGCCAGGGCCCCCCCCGGGGCCAGGUCCGGACGGGGCCCCCUCAGAGCUCCCUGUGGCAGGAGCUGCAGUCCGUGCGCGAGAGCGGGGUGCUGGCGGAACUCACCCUCGCAGAGUGCAAGUUCCAGGAGAGCAUGUUCGAGGUGCUGACGUCCGAAGCCUCGUACCUGCGCUCUCUCAACGUGCUGACGGAUCACUUCCUGGACUCGCGGGAGCUCAGCGACACCAUCAUCAUCCGCGAGAGGAAGAUCCUCUUCUCCAACAUCACCCGGGUCAAGGAGGUCAGCGAGAGGUUCCUGAAGGAUCUGGAGGAGAGGGUGGAGGAAAGCCUUGUGAUCUCGGAUAUCUGUGAUAUUAUCCAUUACCACGCCCAGCACCACUUCCCCGUGUACAUCGACUACGUGAGGAACCAGAUCUACCAGGAGAAGACCUACAGCGCCCUCAUGGAGAGGAAUGUGCAGUUUGCCUCAGUGAUCACUCGUCUGCAGGAGUCCCCACAGUGCCAGCGGCUGCCCUUCAUGUCCUUCCUGCUGCUUCCCUUCCAGAGAAUCACCCGCAUCAGGAUGCUGGUGGAGAACAUCCUGAAGAGGACGGAGGAGGGGACCAGCGAGGAGCAGAAUGCGUCCAGAGCCCUGGUCUCUGUGUCCAAGAUCAUCGCGGAGUGCAACAGCGAGGUGGGGAAGAUGAAGCAGGUGGAGGAGCUGAUCCACAUCGCCAAGAGCGUGGAGUUCGACAAGCUGAAAGCCCUGCCUCUCAUCUCUCAGACCCGAUACCUGGAGAAGCGAGGGGAGCUGUUGGAGGCGGUGAGGGGGGGCACCCUGUUCAGCUCCAGGCCCAGGUUCAGCCCGGUCUACCUCUUCCUCUUCAAUGACCUGCUUCUCAUCACCAACAAGAAGAGUGGUGAUCGCUAUGUGGUGGUUGACCAUGCCCAUCGAUCUCUGGUUCAGGUUCAGUCCAAUAAGGAGACGUCUCUGGGCCCCGGGCUGGAUCACUGCUUCUACUUGACUAUCUUGGAGAACCACCAGGGCAAGAUGAUGGAGCGUCUUCUCAAAGCACCCAACCAAUCAGAUAUGCAUCGCUGGAUGGCAGCGUUCCCUAAUCCUGGUGAUCCGGAGAAAUCCAAUGAUGAGACUAUUUACGAGGAUUGGGACUGUCCACAGGUCCAGUGUAUCGAGGCAUACUCAGCCCAGCAGGCUGACGAGUUGAGUUUGGAGCGCACCGAUAUCGUCAAUGUGCUGAGGAAGACGACAGAAGGCUGGUGUGAGGGGAUUCGCCUGGCUGAUGGUCAGAAGGGCUGGUUCCCGGGCAGCAUUGUCCAGGAGAUCACCAACGAGCACGUGCGCCGGCGGAACCUCCGCGAGCGGUACCGCGUCAUCCAGGCAGCCGAGCAGAUGACCAAGAGCAGGACCAUCUCCUAGCGGACUGAGCCAGGCACUGCGCCAAGGCCCCCAGCCCCUCCCUGCGCGUUCUACAGGGCAGCACAUAAAUACUGUAACGAGUGACAGCUCCGUGCUGCAGUCCACUUGCCAGCUCUUUAUUAUUUAUUUCUUAGCAGACUUUCUUAAGCUCUUUCUUAAAGGACUGGGACAGACGGCUGACACAGCAGGCUCUCGGUUGGCAGACGGUUCCUUAAUGUUUCAAAAAGUCACGCGGCCGUGCCUUUACCAGGGGAGACUAUCGGGGACCCCUGCGCUCCCGACUGUGUGACUCCCCCCUGCACACCACGCGGCCGUGCCUUUACCAGGGGAGAAAAUUGGGAGGCCAUUAUUGAUCUCAGAAUCUCAUCAAGCAGCUUCUUGAAGGAUCCCAGGGUGUCAGCUUCAACAACAUUACUGGGGAGUUGGUUCCAGACCCUCACAAUUCUCUGUGUAAAAAAAGUGCCUCCUAUUUUCUGUUCCGAACACCCCUUUAUCUAAUCUCCGUUUGUGACCCCUGGUCCUUGUUUCUUUUUUUCAGGUUGAAAAAGUCUCUUGGGUCAACAUUGUCAAUACCUUUCAGAUCGCCGCGUAGUCUCCUUUGUCCAAGACUGAAUAGAUUCAAUUAUUUUAGCCUGUCUGCAUACGACAUGCCUUUUAAACCUGGUAUAAUUCUGGUUGCUCUUCUUUGCACUCUUUCUAGAGCAGCAAUAUCCUUUUUGUAGCGUGGUGACCAGAACUGAACACAAUAUAUGAAGCUUUGGCAUAAACAGACCCAAGCUUCAAGCAGUAUGCUUGGUGCAGGACUGAGGUGAUAUAAUAUACUGAUAUAUUCAGUAUGGUGACAUAAUCGCUUGCAACGGAGCCAUCUGAUUGGCUAGAAAGCCUGUACAGUGCAUUCUAGUUUAUAAUAAUGAAAUUCCCAGCAGGAUCCUUUUAUGCUUUUUGUAUUUUUUUUUUUUUUCCCCCAACAACUCCGCAGGUCGACGUGUGAUGAAUCUGGCAAACAAAACAGAGCCUGAUUUUCAAAAAACGACUGUUUUAGACGUGCUAAUUAAGUCGCAGUUCUCUGUGGUUAAGGAUAAUAAUUUUAUCAAAGCACCGUUUGACCUAAGCGAAUGUUUUUAAUGCUCUUCCAAAAACAGUCCUUAGGAAAAAAAACUUAUCCUUACAGGGAUGGAGGAAAUAAGACUCCAAAUCCGUAGUAGUUUGAUCCAUUCCUGAGUUUAAUCAGACCUGAGCGUGUGACCUUUACACUGUGGCUAAUCAGGCUCAUAGUAAAACCUGGAAUGGAUGAAACUGCUAUGCAACAGGAGUCUUAUUUCCAUCCCUGUAUGAUCAUAUUCAUGCUGUAUUGGGACACGCUUUAUUUUAGGUGGAACUUUUUUUUUUAAUUAACUGGCCUUGGGACAAAUUCACGAAUGGUCAAUUUAAUGUACAGUAAACCUAUUUAUGAACUAAUAGGAAAAAUAUCCUAUCUUCAGACAGUAUGAUCAGUUCCAACUCAGUCUUGUCAUUGAAAUUGUGUCUGUUUAAAGACAUUUUAAGGACUGCAGAGAUGUUUAGCAAACAAGACCAGCUUUUACAUUAUUAUAACUUUGAUUUCUUUGUGUAUACAUUGGUUAUUAUAUUAGCUAUUAACACAGAACGAGCAGCAUUUGUCAAUGUUUUUAACAGCUGAUGGAUGCUGAAACUGCCCUUAAAAUAAAGUGCGACUCAGAGCUGUUUUAGUACUGUAGCUGUAUAUAUAUAUAUAUGAAGAUUUUAAUACAAAGAGUGUGUUUUGAGUAAGGAAAUAUAAUCUUAAUGUUACAUUAAAUGCAACCUGUUCAUUUCAACCCUUUUUUUUUUUUCAAAUGCGCUGAAUUAUAAAUAUCUUUGCAGGGGAAAGAACAACACAGGAAUAAAACAUGAUAGAAAUCAAGCAUUUGUUUUUAUUCAUCAAACUGUUUACAGUAACAAUAAUAAAACAAGCCUUUUUUUUAUAAAUUAAA